UGCACAUAUAUAUAUAUGAAGAAGCUUCUCGGUCCAUCAUUACGGGUUCCUCGUUCCCUCCAGGCUGACAAGGAUUUCACAAUGGCGACCUUCUCUCCCUGUCGUGGCUUCGCCCUUCUUCUUCUUCUGUGCCCUCAAUUCCUGACCGCAUCAGCAGAUGACCUCGUCAUUGACACCGAGGGGGGGACAGUUCAAGGGAAGUUAAUUCCUUCGCUGGGUGAUAAUAUUAGAGCUUUUCUGGGAAUUCCUUAUGGGAAACCGCCUGUGGGGGAGCUGAGAUUCAACCCUCCACUGCCAGCAGAGAGUUGGGAAGGAGUGUGGGACGCCACCAAAUACUCAGAUUCCUGCCACCAGAUUCCGGACGAUGCCUUUCCAGGCUUCUUUGGUUCAGAGAUGUGGAAACCCAACACUCCUCUGAGUGAAGACUGUCUGCACCUCAACGUCUGGGCUCCACGUUUCGAGACGGAUGCCCCGUUGGCUCAUGUCCUCGUCUGGGUCUAUGGAGGCGCCUUCACCUCAGGAACAGCCUCUCUGCCCCUGUAUGAUGGCCGCUUCUUGAGUCAAACUGAAAAUGUUAUCAUCGUCUCAAUGAACUACAGAGUCGGAGUUUUUGGGUUCCUGACCACUCCUGCCGAUGAGGGCCUCCCGGGCAACGCAGGCCUGAUGGACCAGCGCUUGGCCCUCCAGUGGGUUGCCAACAACAUCGCUGCUUUUGGAGGGGAUCCUACAAAGGUGACUCUGUUUGGAGAGAGCGCUGGCUCAGCAUCCGUGGGCUUCCAACUCAUCUCUCCAGGGAGCCAGAGCUUCUUUACCAGGGCUGUGAUGCAAAGUGGCGUUCCUAGUGCACCCUGGGCCGUGCUCAGCCAGGAGGACACCUGGCGCAGGUCUACGAAGCUGGCCGAGCUGCUGGGUUGUCCCCCGUCUUCUGCAGCCGACAUGAAAGUGUGUCUGCAGCAGGCUGAUCCUCAGGACCUCCUAGAUAACGAGUACAACACCCUCUCAGUGCCUGAGAUCGUCCCCAUUCCCUUUGCCCCUUACGUCGAUGGACACUUCCUGCCAGAUACAGUCGAGGCAUUGAUUAGUGCCGGUAAGCUCCCAAAGAAAGAUGUGCUGUUUGGCAUCAACCAGAACGAAGGGACCUACUUCCUGGUUUAUACCAUUGCUGGGUUCACCAACAUCGGCGACAGCAUCAUCACCAGAGAUGAGUUCCUGAGCGGAGUGCCGAUUACAAUGUCCUAUUCAAGUGAUGUCGUGAGGGAAAUGGCCACGUUCCAAUACACCGAUUGGACGGAUGAGAAUAACGGUCUGAAGAACCGUGACGCGCUGGGGGCGAUGGUUGGAGACCAGAUGAUCGCUUGUCCUGCGCUGGAGUUCGCUCGGAGGUACUCUCUCCAUGGUGGGAAGACUUUUGUCUAUUACUUCGACCACCGGUCAACCAUCAAUGUUUGGCCAGAAUGGAUGGGCGUCAUGCACGGCUAUGAGAUAGAGUUUGUCUUCGGAAUGCCCCUGAAUGCAUCACUGGGAUACACGGAGAAGGAAGUGGACAUGAGCAAGAGGUUCAUGAAACACUGGGCCAACUUUGCCCGGUCGGGGAAUCCCGGCAUUGAUGGAGACUGGCCCACGUUCACAGAUGAGAAGCAGGAGUAUGUCACCCUGAACACCAACGCUCCAGAGGGAAAGAUGAGGUUGAAAGCUAAAGUGUGUCAGCUCUGGAACAAUUUCCUUCCAAAAAUACAAAAAGCCACAGAUGCUCUCGAGACUUGUGUUGCAGCAAAAUAAUAAAGUGGACUGUAACUACACCUUCCUCCUCGUAUCGGUCAUAACUUUGACCUCUUGAUAUGGAGACGAGACCUGCGUUCUACACAUAUCCAACAGCUACAUCGUUGUUUAUGUCUUUACUGUUGUGAUUCCAGAAUGUCUGUAUGAAACGUACUGUUUACGGUGCUUUAGUUCAAAUGCUCCUGUUGGGUGUAACUGUUCUUUCAAUAACCAGCAUUCACAGCGACACUUUCAAUAAACUCAAUAUGCAUCA